AUGCCCACAAACACCACCCCCCACAAAAACUACCCGCACCCCUCCACCCUAUACACCCAGAAAAUGGCAAAAAACUCACUAACAUCCGGGCAGAUCGUCGUCUGCCACAAGUGCGGCCGCGCAUACCUGUCAAACGAGUACGUGUACUGCCCCGCGUGCGCGAGCGGGGCCCAGGCUGGAACCGACAAGUGGGAUCACGAGUUUGCCAUGAUCUGGCUGUCGCACUUUGCGCCGCGGAAGCCCCAGGUUGAGGAGUUGAAGUAUAAGUUUGAUAACAUGACGCUGAGGCAUGUUAGCGAGGCGGAGUAUCAUGGACGCGUCGCCAAGGCGCUCUUGGAUUUUCUGGGAAGGUAG